AUGUUAGGUACCGGUAAAGUCGAAUCAUUUGACUUAGCUGAAGCACUCAUCCCCGGCAGCCAAGAAUUUCUAGAUGGAGUAAGUGGAAAAGCAGUCCCUGAUCCCGAAGGCUCUCAAGUGCAUAAAAUAAAAUACGAACUCCAAUCCUGGAACGGUCCGAUUAAUUGGGGUGACCUAAAUCGUCUUGUGUCGGACUUAGCCGUACAGAUGCGGGUGGCUUCCGAUUCUCUUAUCGAUCACUCUGCUGCUACUUUUAGAAGAUAUCAAACUCAGAUCACUGCUGGAUUCUUUACCAUAAAAAAUACUAUGUGUCAACCUCGUUAUUACGGACUGAAUUUGACAAGCGGUGAGCAAGGAUUUGAGCCGUACAUGGCACCUGACAUCGUUAGUGAAGAUUAUUUCUCUGCUUUCGCUUCUGGUAAUAAUAUUCGGAGAGAGGAAUCAAAAUGGGAUUCAACGAGUGAAGUUGAAACGAUGCCGCCAAUCCAACAAAAGCACGAGCAUUACGAGUACUAUCUUCAAGUCUUCAUUACCAAAUGUCGUCAAAAUGGAGUUUCUAUGCGUAACUUUACAUUUGCUGAUCAUAUUUUACAAAUAUUCGUGAAGGACGACAGAGAUAACUGGACUGAUCUGACCAAAAUAGGACUCUAUGACGAAGAAGGAAACCUUCUACCAGAGAUCACUAGUAAAUAUAGUUACUGA